GCGGGGAGGGACUUAGGUCGGGGCGCUUGGAGAGCAGUGCGGCGGGCGCGCUAACCUGUGGUGGCGCCAGCCAUUCUGCCGCUCGGCCCUUUGCACUUCUCCAUGUCCUCGGGCUGGAGUGGACCCUAAGUGUGUGAUGAGGGGCACCGUGGUGGUGCUAUUUCAUCGCACAGCUCCUCGGCAUGUCACGGGUCAGGGCCUUUCCUAACGCGGAGUGUGGCCUCCCAGCUCCAGAAGAGGAGCUAGGAGCCGGAGGGACCACGUCGAGGGUGACGAAGAGCAUUGUGGGGGCGUUAUGGAAAAGUAGGACCCCAACCGACAGGUCGCCCUGGGUCCUCGCGCUACCUGGGCACGCUAUGCUUUACGCGGAUGCUUGGAAAGGUUCCAGCGCGGGAAACUGAACCUUGUGUUUUGUUGUUGUUGCUGCUGCGCAUGCGUCUUCCUGCCACGUGACUAGUUGAUUGUGUCAGUUCUUGCAGAUUGCAACAGCUCCAUUUUGCGGUACGGAAGUGGCAGUGCAACACCUUCCCCUGGAAACCUUCCGGAAUAAUGUCACGCCUGUUUUUAUUUGGGAAAAGGAGACCCCCAAAUAAGAUCGAGCAAGAGUUAAAAGGUCAAGCUGGUAUUUCCUAACGUGCCAUGUCCAGGCCAUCUCUCAUCACAUUUACUACAGCCACUGACUCCAGCGACCUCUGGAAGGAUGGGCAGCAGCAGCCACAGCCGGAGAAGCCAGAGCCUGUCCUGGAUGGGGCUGCAGCCCGGGCCUUCUACGAGGCUCUAAUCGCGGAUGACAGUACUUCCCCUAAGCCCCAGAGAGCUGACCCUAUCAGGGAAAGAAAGAGGAAGAGAAGGAGAAUAAUGAGGGAUGCUGCGGCAGGAGCCUCAGGGCAAGGAAGACCACUUGAGGAUGAAGACAAGAUGACUUCGUGGAUCUUGCUGGCAGCCCAGAAUGGGGAUGUGACAGAACUUCGAAGGCUGCUGGAGCCCCGAGAGGCAGGGGGAGCCGGAGGGAACAUCAAUGCCCGCGAUGCCUUCUGGUGGACUCCCUUGAUGUGCGCUGCCAGAGCAGGCCAGGGGGCAGCUGUGCGCUAUCUCCUGGGCCGAGGGGCCGCCUGGGUAGGGGUCUGUGAGCUGGGAGGCAGAGACGCUGCUCAGCUGGCUGAAGAAGCAGGCUUCCCUGACGUAGCCCGCAUGGUCAGAGAGAGUCCUGGGGAGACGAGAAGCCCUGAGAACCAGAACCGGCCUCCCCCCAUCUCCCGGUUCUGUGAGGACUGUGGUGCCCAUUUUGAAGACUCCAACCACCGUACAUCUACUGCCCACCUGCUGUCCCUGUCCAGGAGCCCCCAGCCCUCCAGCCUUCCCCUUGGGGUGCCCACCUCCAGUCCUGGUUUCAGGAUGCUGCUGAGGGGUGGCUGGGAGCCAGGAAUGGGGCUAGGACCCCGGGGCGAAGGCCGUGCCAACCCCAUUCCCACUGUCCUCAAGAGGGACCAGGAAGGACUGGGCUACAGAUCUGCACCCCAGCCCCGAGUCACGCACUUCCCAGCGCGGGAUACCCGGGCUGUGUCUGGGAGUGAGAGGGUGCCUCGAGUUGCCACACUGAGUCAGAGGGAGAACAGGAAGAGAGAGGAGAAGGACAGAGCCUGGGAGCGAGAUCUGAGACUGUACAUGAACCUUGAGUUCUGACCAGGCGGGCUGGCCUUUAAUUUGCUGGACUUGGGCCCCUGGCCUGGGUAUUGGAUUUCUACUUCCUGGGAUCCACCGGGUUCUGGCUCUUGGCCUCUGCUUAUAGAGAGAAUGACUGAGAGUUGGGAGAUAAAUAAACUUCCUUCAUUGUGGUUUGUUUA